UUCAUCCAAUAAAUAUGCGAUAAUGAUAACGAAUAUAUGUAUAUGUAUAUGUAGAAAAUGCUUUUCACAAUAUGAUAAAACGUCCAAGUAUAUGCAUGUAAAGAAUCCAAACGGUGUCAUCGCGAUAAUGCAAUCGCGAAAACAACGAAGUAAAAGGAAACGGGCCAAGAAAUUCGGAAACCAACCUGUUAGUGUCAACGAACUAAUCUCUGUUUACGUAGAAUACUAAUUUAAGAGAUUUAGUCAGAGUUAAAGUACCUGUGAGCCAAUCAGCUAACCAUAUCUUGGGUUUCAUUUCCUCCAAACAAUAUUAUACGUUUCCUCGCAGGUUAAUUGCGGACACCCGAUAUAUAAGAACAGGCCAGUCGUUUGGCGAGGCACAACGAGCAGUCCGAGCCCGAUGGGAUAGGUAGUAUAAACCGAUUCUCUGGUCUAGUGGCGUGUAAGAUCUCGACAGGAGAGAACGUGCCAAGUGCUAAGUAGAAGCGACGCGACAUGCUGCAUUAACCGCGACCGGAAACACAGAAACCACCGUAACUUUUCCUUUCUUCGGUCGCUCGCGGGACAAUUACCGCGAAACCAUCCGAUUCAACAAUCUUUUUCAGUGCCAGUUAUGCGAUUGUUCCUCUGAACAUUGUCCGCUAUUCUAUGAACUUCAUCAUCCAAAAGUUGCGAAGAAUUAGGGACAGCGACGACAACGGUGUACAUGUGCGACACGAGGAAACGAUUUGAUGCUUUGGGAAGGGAAGUCUGCUCUCGUAGGAGGGCACCGUGCCAGGAAGCCGAUAUUGCUGUGAACGAGACCCUACGAUAAAUUAGAAAAAAAUGUGGCAGUUAAUGUUCCUUUUAAUCAGUCCCGCGAUGGCCGGAGAAUCGGGCCCAGAGAUCGAAUAUCCUGAAGUUCCGAUAGAAUAUUCACCUUUGCCCCAGGAAAAAGAUGCGCCAUCGCCACUUCCCGGGAUGUUAUAUCCGCGGGAAAGCGAAUCGCGAGAAGUGAAAUCUCUGGAUGGUAUGUGGGACUUUGUCAUCUCUCCAUCAGGAGAUGCGCUGAAGGGUUAUAGAGAAGCAUGGUUUGCCGAUGAAUUGUCGAAGGUAGGAAAGGUGAUGCAAAUGCCAGUACCUUCGUCGUAUAACGAUAUCACAACCUCCAGAAAACUAAGAGAUCAUGUAGGAACUGUUUGGUAUCAACGAUCUUUCUUCGUAUCCUCUUCUUGGCAAGAACAAAGAGUCUUUGUCAGAUUUGGUUCAGUCAAUUAUCUUGCACAAGUGUGGGUAAACGACGAGUUUGCAACCAACCAUGAAAUGGGUCAUCUUCCAUUCGAAGCCGAGAUAUCUUCAUAUUUGGUUUAUGGAGGUAAAAAUCGCAUAACUGUUGCUGUUGAUAAUACUUUGCUACAGACUAGUAUUCCACAAGGAAAAAUCAUCGAUACUCCCGUUGAUAAUGGAACGACGCACUUACAAACUUAUACUUUUGACUUUUUCAACUAUGCUGGUAUACACAGACCUGUUUUGCUGCAUACGAAACCACGUGUCUAUAUCGAAGAUAUUACUGUAAGGACAGGAUUAAUUGGUGAUACUGGCAUCGUAAAAUAUAUAAUUGAACCAGCAGGCUUACAGGAGCAUGAUACUCCUAUAUGUAGAGUAAGCAUAUUCGACGCUAAAGAUAUUUUAGCCGUACAGGAGCCUGCUUAUGGAUUUUCUGGUACGAUAAAGAUACCAUUCCCUAAGCUCUGGUGGCCCAGAGGUAUGAGUCCUAAUCCUGGAUAUCUUUAUACUCUAAAGGUUACAUUGUCGGUGGCAAAUGAUAGUAAAGCAGACGUCUACAGGCUUUCAAUUGGUAUCAGAACAUUGGCCUGGACAAAUACGAGUUUACUACUUAAUGAUAAACCUAUAUACAUGCGAGGGUUUGGUAGACAUGAAGAUUCGAUCUUGAGAGGACGUGGCCUCGAUUUAGUCACCGUCGCUAGGGAUCAUGAAUUAUUACAAUGGAUCGGUGCUAAUGCCUACAGAACCAGUCAUUAUCCUUACAGCGAUGAGGUACUUGAUAUCGCUGACCGGUUAGGCUUUCUCAUUAUCGAUGAAUGUCCUUCGGUCGAUACUGAGAAUUUUUCACCAAUCCUUCUUACACGUCACAAAGACUCGUUAUCGGAGCUCAUAAGGAGAGAUAAAAAUCGACCUUCUGUAAUUAUGUGGUCCAUCGCUAAUGAACCAAGAACGCAGCUUCCAGAAGCUGGUGAAUACUUUAAACAAGUUGCACAUCAUACGAAAGCACUCGAUCCUACCAGACCAAUUACUAUUGCCAUGGCUCGAGCAGUUCAGGAAGAUAAAGCAGGCGAAUAUCUCGACGUGAUUAGCUUUAAUCGUUAUAACGCUUGGUAUAAUAAUCCAGGCCGUCUUGAUGCAAUAAUAAGUAGAGUUAUAGGAGAGGCUGAAGCAUGGCAUAGAAAAUAUAAUAAGCCUGUGCUUAUGUCUGAAUAUGGAGCUGAUACUAUGCCUGGAUUACAUGAGCUACCUGAAUAUGUAUGGAGCGAAGAAUAUCAGAAAGAAGUAUUGUCUAAACAUUUUAUAGCUUUUGAUCAAUUAAGAAAUGAGGGAUUUUUCAUUGGUGAAUUUAUUUGGAAUUUUGCUGAUUUUCGAACAGCUCAAAAAAUCUAAUUAACAAAGUAAUACAUAAGAUUGAAGUAAAUAAGAAAUAUGCUGCAACAUUCUUCGACGUAUAUUUAAAACUUCGUCACAAUUCGAAAUCUCCACUUUCAUACUGUUCCAUUCCUUUUACGAAUAAAGUUAUACUUGGGAGCGUGAAAUUUUUGAUUCCGCUUCGUGGCACAACAAAUGUGAAUGGACUUUCUUCCUCGCAUAUCCCGGUGUUACUCGUGCCAAGUUUCUGGGCCAGGUUAACCGACCUAGCAGUGCUACCAACGUCGACCGGAAUACCAUCACCAACCGUGACGUUGACAUAUCUUAAUACGAUAUACAAGUACUCCGGUAGUCGGAUAGCCGAACAACCGGACGUAAUCCUGUAAGUAUAUGUAACUUUUCAAUACGUGUUCACAAAUUUCUUCGAUACAUUGUUUUUUCUAUUGUUUUGCUCUUCUUUCGUUUCAUUUCUAUUUUUUCCAAGAAAUUUUCAAGGACCGCACGAUAAGUGAAGCUCAAGCUUGCAAUUAUAUUAACUACACAUUUCUAAAUCUCUAGAAAUCUAAUUUUAAGUAUGUAUCUAUUAAACAUUUAUUUCUAUGUUUAGAAUUAUUCAACUAUUUUACACUAAUGAUAUAUAUCACGUUUGUAAUGUGUUACAUUAGAUUUCUUACACAGCAAUUAUUGCCUUUUAUUAUUGCCUUUUAUUUUAUUGCCUCAAGUAAGGUUUUUUUUUGCUGAUCUUUCGUCAAAUUUCAAAUUUGUAAUUAAAUAUAGAAAACAUACAUAA